UUAGAAUUUUCCAGCACUACCCGAAGCGCACGUUUUCCAACCAAAACAAACGAAAUUUUGUUCAAAAUUUGUAUUUAAUUUGCUGCUGAAAGAUGUCCUCGUGGAAGAAGGCCUCGAAAAGCAACCAGAAGGUGCACCGGGAGCGCCACCAGCCGGAGGCGCGCCAGCACCUGGGAUUUCUGGAGAAGAAGAAGGACUACAAAAAGCGGGCCCUCGACGCGCAGAAAAAGGAGAAGACGCUGAAGCUAUUGCACCGGCGGGCGCAGAACAAGAAUCCCGACGAGUUCUACCACCACAUGAUCAACUCCAAGCUGUCCAACGAUGAGCACCGCGAGCAGGAAAAGAAGGACGAGCACACGCCCGAACAACUGGCCCUCAUGCAGACGCAGGACCUCAAGUAUGUGGUGAUGAAGCGCACCAUUGAGCGCAAGAAGAUCGACCGCUUGAAGGUCACGCUGAUGGACGUGGACGAUGCCGGAGCAAACCAGAGGUUCACUUUCGACGACCAGGGUCGCCGGCAGGCGGUCACACUGGGCGAACGCCUCCAGGAAGCGGAUAAAAAGACGGAAACUCCCUCAAAGCCAAACUCCGCCAAACAGCAGCGCAUUAACGAGCUAAAGAAACGUGAGUUCCGCGAAAGGGAGCUGGGAAUCGUCCAGCAGAAGAUUCAGUUGAAGAACACACUCAAGCAGCCGCGUCUUCUGAAGCCGAAGAAACUGAAAAGCGGCACCAAGGACAGUGCGCCCGUCUAUCGAUUCCGAUAUGAACGAAAGAAAUGAGGAUUGUUUGCAUUUUAAGUUCUUUAUAAUUAUUAAAGCAAUUAAGAGUUAAA